AUGGUUGUUUUGAAUCCGAACAAUUGGCAUUGGGUUGACAAGAACACGUUACCAUGGACCAAAGCUUUCUUUCAGGAUCGUCUUUCAGACCUUACAGUGGUCAGUAACGACAGCAAGCACGAGAUCAAAAUAACAUCUGUAUCAAAUGUAUCUGGGGAUUCCAACGUUUCUCAAAGAAAGGGUCAACCAAUCUGUUAUUUCGAUUUGCAAUUAUCCUUUGCAGUUCAGGUUGCAGAGCUGGAAACUGAAAAGGAAUUAUCAUCUGGGACAAUCAGCAUACCAGAAUUCAUGCAUGAUGAAAGAGAUUUUGAAGUUCAAUAUCAAAGUUUUGACUCAUUUCUAGAUUUGAUUAAGUUGGAGUUUUACCCUAGGGUUUACGAAAUUCUCUUGCAGUAUCAACCUGCUCUGAUCGAAGAACAUUCAAAAGAUUUAAAACAUAAUCAAUAA